AUGGUUUCUACAAAUUCCAAAAAUACUGUCCUUUCUUUAUUUUCUGCUUUAACUUUAAGUGGUUUAGUUUCAAGUGCUCCUGUCGCCGCUCCUGCUUUAAGCGAUGAGGUACACCAUAAGCAUGGUCACGUUGAUAAGCGCUCAGGAACUUGUCAAUUUCCAAAUUAUGAUGGUAUGGUUGCUGUCCAAACUCAAGGAUCAAAUGCUGGUUGGGCUAUGCACAGUGACCAACAGUGUACCUUUGGAUCUUGGUGUCCAUAUGCCUGUAAACCUGGUCAAUUAAUGGGUCAAUGGGAUCCAUCUGUCACUAGUUAUUCUUACCCAGGUUCUCAAUAUGGUGGUUUAUAUUGUGACAAUAAUGGUAUUUUACAAACUCCAGACAGUAGUAAAGCUUAUUGUUAUGAAGGUGCCGGUACUGUGCUUGCUAAGAAUACCGCUAGUGGAGGUAACGUUGCCUUUUGUCAAACUGUAUUACCAGGUAACGAGGAAAUGUUAAUUCCAACUGAUAUUAGUUCAGGUGGUUCUCAAACCUUAGCUGUGCCAGGUCCAGAAUAUUGGGCAGGUACUGCUUCUCAUUUCUAUGUUAACCCACCGGGUGUCAGUGUUGAUGACGGUUGUAAAUGGGGUAGUACUUCUAACCCAUGGGGUAACUGGUCACCAUAUGUAGCAGGUGCUAACAUCGAUGCCAACAAGAACACAUAUGUUAAGAUUGGUUGGAAUCCAGUAUAUUUAGAAGCCACAUCACCAUUCAAAGAUAGUAAACCAUCAUUUGGUAUUCGUAUCACUUGUGAUGAUGAAUCUCAAUGUGAUGGUUUGCCAUGUUCUAUCGAUCCUAAUUCCCAAAGUAUUAACGGUGUCAACUCCGCAUCAGCUACUGAUGGUGCUGGUGGAGCCGGGUUCUGUGUUGUUACAGCUAAGAAUGGUGCCAAAGCCAACAUUGAAAUCUUUUAA